CCUUUAUCUAUUUAUCAUUUCAUCGAGAUGUUAUCAGAGUGACAGGUGACAGGAGAUAGGUGACAGGCAUGCGGCGAGGGCGGGAUGCUGCGCAGUUCCGCGCGCAGAGACGUCGCGACCACACUCAGGCAGGCAUUAGAUCUGUAGCUCGGAUCAUGUUGCAGUUAAAGUUUUAUACUUUUUGUUUCAUUUUGUCGGUGAUUACUGUAUGUCCUAGUUCAGGGUACGACGAAUAUCAUAAUGUUGGAAAGAUCAUGCGACUAAAGGAGAGGGGUGUGCGAGCUGAGGCCGAGGGGCGGGAGCGCACGGCGCAGUACUGGACGGCGGAGGCGCAGCAGGCGCUGCGGGCACGCCGGGCGCGGCUGGAGGGCGCGGGCGGCGCGGGCGGCGCGGCGGACGCGGGGUAUCGGCGGGCGCGCAACGUCGUCAUGUUCCUCGGCGACGGCAUGUCGCUGCCGACGCUGGCGGCGGCGCGCGCUCUCCUCGGCCAGCGCGAAGGCCGCCCCGGAGAAGAGUCACAGCUCUCUUUCGAACAAUUUCCCACCGUUGGUCUUGCUAAGACGUACUGCGUGGACGCGCAAGUAGCGGACUCCGCGUGUUCGGCGACGGCGUACCUGUGUGGCGUCAAGGCCAACCUGGGCACGCUGGGGCUGACGGGCGCUGCGCCGCGCGGGGCCUGCGCCGCCGCCCCGCCAGCGCACCGCCUGCACUCCAUUGCCGCCUGGGCGUUGAGCGACGGCAGGGACGCCGGCAUAGUAACGACGACGAGGGUGACGCACGCGUCGCCGGCGGGCGCGUACGCCCACAGCGCCGACCGCGACUGGGAGAGCGACGCCGACGUGCGCGCCGACUGCGAGCGGGCGGAGGACGCGCGAGGCGGCGCCGGCGACGUGCAGCGCGACAUCGCACACCAGCUCGUGCACUCGUACCCCGGCAACCGUUUCAAGGUGAUACUAGGCGGAGGGCGGCGGGAGUUUCUGCCCGCCACGGCGAUCGACGAGGAGGGCGCCCCUGGGCGACGGCUCGACGGCGAGGACCUGAUAGAGCAGUGGCGACAGGACAAGGUGUCCCGCAACGUUAGCCACCGCUACGUGUGGCAUCGCGCGCAGCUGAUGGAGGCCGCCGCCGCGCCACCCGACUACCUGCUAGGCCUGUUCGAAAGCAGCCAUAUGCAGUACAACAUGCUCGCUAACGAGACCACGGAACCCACGCUCGCAGAGCUCACGGAGGUCGCCAUCAAAUCUCUCAGCAGAAACGAGAAAGGAUUCUUCCUGUUCGUGGAGGGCGGGCGCAUCGACCACGCGCAUCACGAAAAUUUGGUGCAGCUGGCGCUGGACGAGACGCUGCAGCUGAGCGCUGCCGUGGCGCGCGCCGCUGAACUGCUGCCCGAGGAGGACUCGCUAAUCGUAGUAACGGCGGACCACGCGCACGUCAUGACCUAUAACGGGUAUACGCAUCGCGGCGGCGAUGUGCUCGGGCCCUCGGACGACCUGGGCGAUGACGGCGUGCCUUACAUGACGCUGUCGUACGCUAACGGCCCCGGCUACCGCGCGCCGGCUGACGGCGUUGGCCGCGAGGACGUUACGCAGGAUGACUAUCACAAGGCGGAGUUCAAGGCGCCGGCCGGAGUGCCACUCGAGUCGGAGACGCACGGCGGCGAGGACGUGGCGGUGUUCGCGCGCGGACCGCAGCACGCGAUGUUCGCGGGACUGUACGAGCAGAGCCAGCUGCCGCACCUGAUGGCUUACGCCGCCUGCAUCGGCCCCGGCCUGCACGCCUGCGACUGAACCACACCGCGAUCCUGGGGCGCCAUCCGAAGCAUUUAUUUAAUAAACCUUGAGUUAAAGUUCAAUUCAUGAGAUUUAUUUAUU